AACAACGCAUUCCAAAUGGAAAUGAAGACUACCCCAAUGAGAUAGGAAGUACAUCAAGUUUAAAUCGAGAAUUGUCAGAAAAUUCCGUUGAACUGUCAAGUAGGUCAGGUGACAUACAAAUUGAUGUCGAGCAACAUUGGGAAAUGAAUUUUCAUGAAGCUGCUAUAUUUCUUGAGGCAUGAGAAAAUAAUGAAAAGUUUGACUCUCACCCACACAACAAAGAAGCUCUCCCAGCAUAUCUUUUGGUUCAUAAUAGGUGGUAUUAUGGUUUGGACCUGGCAACAUCUCUAAUUCUCCUUGCUCUUGCCUUUGUGGAAGAGCCUGCAGUUCCAUUGUUUAAAUUACCUGUUGGAAUUCAUGGAUCAAUUGAAUUGCUAGCUUUAACUAUAAUUGGGAUUGAGCUAACACUGAAGUUACGUUGGAUAGGUUGGAGAACAAUAUUGAAGCAUAAAAGGACAAUGAUUAAGUGUGUGACUCUAGGAAUUAUGUUUGUAGAGGCAAUAGUAGUUCUCAUUAGACAGUCAUCUCACUUUAGGGUGACUCGAGCGUUGAGACCAAUAUUUCUGGUGGACACGAGGCACUGUGGUGGUGUCAGGCGCUUUAUCAGACAGAUCUUCCAAUCAUUACCUCCAAUAUUGGAUAUGCUUGGCCUUCUACUGUUCUGUGUGUCAAUUUAUGGUCUUCUUGGGUACUUCCUGUUUUCGGCUGAUCCUCAUGAUCAGCAUUUUACUACACUUCAUGACAGUUUUGUCAGCAUGUUUGUGCUUCUGACCACUGCCAACUUUCCAGAUGUCAUGAUGCCUGCUUAUUCUCGAUCAAAGUGGUUCUCAAUAUUUUUUAUUUCAUACUUGAGCAUUGUUCUUUACGUUCUGAUGAAUCUGAUGUUGGCUGUUGUAUAUGAAACAUUUACACGAAUAGAAAAAGAAAAAUUCCGCAAGUUGUUACUUCAUAAGCGUAAAGCAUGUCAACAUGCAUUUCGACUCCUGGUUUCUAAAAAAGACCCCAAUAGAAUGAAGUUUAAACAAUUUGCGGGUGUGUUGAGGUAUUAUAUGCCAAAAUUGUCAACACGUGACACCGUGCUUAUGUUCAAAGAACUCAACACAUCUGGCAGUGGCACAUUAUCACUAGAAGAGUUUUAUUCUGUUUAUGAUGCUGCGCUUUUGAAAUGGGAUGCCCAGUUCUCACAGAUCCCAUGGUUUCAUACUACAUGGGCUCCAGUUCAAACAAUGUGUCAGUUGGCCCAUGACCUUGUAACAUGGAAAUAUUUUGAAUACAUCAUAUAUGGACUCAUACUUUCAAAUGGUAUUGCCAUGAUAGCACGUAUUAUUGAAGCAACAAAUGAUUUAGAGGAGUCGGCUAGAGCCUUUAGUGCUUCCUGGGAUACAAUAUUAUUUGUUGGAUUGUAUGUUUUGGAGUCUUUGCUUAAAAUUGUUGGCUUGGGAAUCAUGCAGUACUUCAGCUCAGGAUGGAAUAUAUAUGACUUUACUGUUACGCUUGCAGCACUUUUGGGUGUUGUCAUCCUGUAUUUUGUGCCGUCUUUUGUAUAUGUUGUGGUACUACGCCCUUUGCGGCUGUUACGUCUUUUCAAGCUUAAGAAGCGUUAUAGAGACGUAUUUGGAACUCUUGUUCUUCUUACUCCUCUUAUGUGUUCGACUGCCAUUGUAAUGCUGGUGUUGUACUAUUUUUUUGCGAUUGUUGGCAUGGAACUGUUUGCAGGUUACAACAUGAGAAAUUGCUGCAUAAACACUACUGUGGAAGACUUCUAUAAAUACAGUGCAAAUGGUAGCACUGCCUUGGGAUAUUAUUACUUAAAUACCUUUGAAAAUUUAAUGACAAGUGGAAUAACUUUAUUCGAACUAACAAUUGUUAAUAACUGGUUUAUCUUAAUGAAUGGUUAUGCUUCAGUUGUAUCUCAGUGGAGCAGAGCUUAUUUUAUGCUAUUUUACAUUUCAACUAUGAUUGUUUUAACUAUUGUAGUUGCUUCAAUUCUGGAAGCAUUCCGCUUUAGGAUUCAGUACAAACGACAAACAAGUAAAAGAGAAGAGGAGAAAAUGCUUCAUGAAGAAGUUCACUUAAAAUGGGAGGAACUCCAAAGCUGGGUUCAGGACUUCCAGUUACUAGAAAAGUUGCGACAAGAUUUAGUGGUAGGGGGUACAGCUACUUUUAUUGGCGUUCGGCCUCGAAACCGUGAAGUAUUACAGAGGCGCAUGUAUCGUUCUGAAAUAGAAGACUGGAUGCAUGAGGCUGAGCUUGCAGAACAAUCAGAAGGUUAUAUACCUAGCACUGACCUUGGAGAAGGAGACGAUGAUUCCAUAGCCACAGGAUCUGAACAAGGUGUCGUUUCUGACACUGUUGUACAGAGUGAUGGAUACCAAAGAAACGUGACUAUUAACUCUUAAGGUAGUAUUUCUGAAGGUUACAAUAAAGUUGCUGUGUACUUCUUGCCCUUGUCACACUCCUGGUAACAGUAGUGAACAUAUGUAGUAUCCUAACUUUUGUCUUCAAAAGACCAAAUUUAAUUUAUCAAUUUAGGAAAGAGAGAGCACUCAAUUCAAUUAUUCAGAGAUUUUUAAAAGAUGUAAUAUGAUUGUAAACAUAGGACUGAUAUAACGUGGCUAUUAAUAUGUGAUAACCCAAUGAAUCUUCUGAAAAUGAAAAUUGAUUACUGUGUUUUUGCAAAAAUUAAAUAAUGGAAACAUGUAAAUAAAUAUUUUGAAAAUUGCAGUAACAUAUCGUAAAGCACCAAUAAGCAACAAGUAAAUCAAUAUCUGAGUUUCCAUUAUUAUUAAGUAUUUUUCCAAGGCUAAAAAUAUCUUUAAAAGUAAUUCAUAACCAGAAGUAAUGUAGAACACACUGAUAGAGAAAAUAAUUAAGAGUUUCUUCUUAAACUAGAAAAUUAUUUCAUUCAUAAAAUUAAAUAAUUUCCUUAAUGGUUGGUAAAUAUCAAAUUGCCAGGGAUUUAAUAUUUUUUGAGAAUAUCUUUUGUCUGGUUUUUGGUUCAAUACAAAAUGAACUAAAGUUGAGUUGAUGUAACUUUACCUUCAUGAUGAAGAUUAUAAAAAUUUGAAUUUUCAUUCUCUGUAGAUACAAAUAUGUAUGUAAAUGCCAAAUAGUUGAAUUGACCUUAAUUUUUAAGUCUUGUUAUCUAGAUCGAUAAAGGUUUUCUUUAGAUUCCAACGCUUGUUAAUUGUUCAAGUAAUUGAAUUUUUCUCUGGACCGGCACAAGCAAAUAAUUGUUUUUUACAGACUCAGACAUAUUUUUGCAAUAUAAUAUUUAUGUUUAGGAACUGGACAUUCCAUUUUCAAAAUGCUCUUGUUUCUCCAAGACAUUAUAUUGUACAACAAUAAUUUUUUAUUAUUAUUAUUAUUAUUAUUAUAUGAGAUUGUUGCAUAUUGAAUGGUAUGUAUUGUUAUUAAUUGAUGUAUUCAAUUAACUGUUGUUUUCUCAUAUGAGACAAUUUUACCCAACAAAGAACAAACUUUGUGGGAGAUAAGUUACCAUUUCUAUGAGAGAAGUAUUUUUUAUCAUUUGGCUAGUUUAUCCAAAUUUGAAACGGAAUUUAUUGCUAUCAUGAAAUGAUAGGAUGCAAUGUAUAAUGAUAAAUAGCAAAACUGCCCCAAGAUAUUCUCUGGAAUAUUGCUUAAAGUAACUGUUCUAAAGGAUGUAUAGUCAUGCAUUGCAUAUUAGAUGAACUCUGAAAGAGGAACAAAGAACAUAAGUAGAGACAGAAAGGCAUAUAGUUUGUUUAAUAUAUGAGCUGAUUUAUAAACAUAUACUUGCUUUGGUGAAACGGAAAGAUUUUAUUUUGACAACAGUAAGUAUUACUUGAAAAUUAUCUGAACUUUACUGCCACAUAUAGAAAUACUUCCCUCAGGCUAACAGUAUUCACAUUACCUUCUUUUAUAUUUUAUUUACCAAAUGUCUACCAAGAGAUUAUUAGAUGUAGAGUAAACUAGAGUAGAAAUAAUAUUAGUGCUGGUUUUGGAACUAGAACUUUAAGCAACUAUUGGUUUUCAUUUUCUGGUAUCUAUUGUUUGUUUUUAAAUGUCUCAGACAUACUAUUUUGUAAUCAAUUAGUCACAGUCUUUCAGUACAAGUAUAUUUUCAUGUAAGUACAUGAAAAUGAAAGAAAGAUAUUCAUUAAAACAUGUGAAAAGCAACAUGUAUGUUUUGAUGGAUAAUCUUUUCCAAAACAGAUCUGUUCAGUUAUACUAGUGAAUCUCUACAGUAUUCUAUAGUCUGUGCUUGAAAACUUACUGUCAAUCUAUUGUGAUUUAAUGUUUUGUUAAGUGUCAUUUGCAUAGAAUUCUCAGUGCAAAAGUUCCUAGAAUAAGAAAUGUAAAUGGAUCAAUCAUUGCUAAGGAAUAACAAGCAACAGCACUCCUUGUAACAUUCUAGCUGCUGGCAGCUAUUAUUUUAUUGUUUUUUGUUGUUUUUUU